AUGAGUGACAGAGUCUUACUAAAAGUGUAUUAUUUUGGUCAGAUUUUGUUACAAACAUUUGAAGGAGUAAAUUUUGUUUGUGAAAAUCCGUUAGAUGUUGUUAUUCCUUUUGCCAUCUCAUUUGAAGAGUUCAAAGGUGUUAUCUAUGAAAAGAUUGAUUCUGAGAGGGCAAGAAAAAUAUCAUGUAUUCUAUACAGAUAUCCCAUACCGGUGUUUGGUGGAUUCGUCCAAUUUCAAACCAAAUAUGUGACGGACGAAGCGAGCAUGCAAGAGAUAUUUUCAAUGUAUAUUGAAAACCGGGCUCAGAUCUCGUUCAUCGAGUUGUAUGUUGAGUUUGAACAAUCUGAGGCCGACCGGAAUAUUGUACGAAAAGAUUAUAAUAGUGACAGUGAAGAAGAGUUCGAAAGCAACUACGAAGUUGUUAGUUCAGACGGAGAUGAAGAUCAAGGUGACGGAACUAUGGCUCCAGAUGUGACAGACAUGGCAAAUGCACUCGCAAACAAAGUGCCAUUUGAGGAGCCAUCAUUCAUGCGAGUUUUGGACUUGGAAGCCAUGCAUGUUCCGGAGUUUCCGGAAUAUAUGAGUGCAGAAAUUCUUGUUGUCACAGAUGCUGAAUUUGUCGUUGGUAUGGAAUUCAGUUUCAGGGAAGCUGUUAUUAAGGCGAUAAAAGAGUAUACCAUACGACGAAGCGUAGACUACCGGGAGUAUGAGUCUGAGCCGUUGACAUUUUAUGCCAAGUGUACACAGUAUGGAUCAGGGUGUGAUUGGCUUAUCAGGAUUAGCAUGAUCAGCAGGAAGUAUUGUUGGGUUAUAAGGAGGUAUAAUGGUAAUCAUACCUAUAAUAGAGCCACCAUUUCACAGGAUCAUUCGAAGCUGUUGGUUGAGGCUGACCCUUCCUUAAAGGUAAAAUCGGUUAUAGCAGAAGUGCAAUCGAAGUUUAACUACACCAUUAGUUAUCGAAAAGCAUGGUUGGCUAAGCAAAGGGUAGUAGAAAAAAUAUUUGGGGGUUGGGAAGCAUCGUACGAAGCGUUGCCUAUAUGGUUUGAGGCCAUGUGUCAUAAGGAGCCAUCAGCUGUUGUCCAUUUUGAGACUAUGCCUGUAUAUCAAGGCGAUGACUUGGUGGGUGAUAUUCGGGUUCUGCAUCGAGUAUUUUGGAGUUAUUACCCCUACAUUAGGGUAUUCAGACAUUGUAAGCCAGUUGCCCAGGUGGAUGAGACUCACUUGUAUGGAAAGUAUAAGGGUUGUCUACUAGUGGCAGUUUCACAGGAUGGCAACAAUAAUAUCGUCCCAAUUGCAUUUGCUAUUGUGGAGGGAGAGACUUCUGAUGCAUGGAACUUUUUUCUUAGUAACAUACGUCAACAUGUUGUCACUCGAGAUGGCGUUGGCUAA